AUGAACAAAAACUGGUACGAAUACUCUCCGGAGGACGACGCAGCAUUUUACACUGAGGACUUCAACCUCAUGGAAGUGCUGGGUGAAACCCCUGAAGGAGUCCGUCCCUCUGAACCAGCAGAAGAGAUGGAUGGACUCUGUGGACCAGCUGUGAAACUGGUCCCUGGCUUCACAACUGCAGAACAGCUGGAGCAAGAGAGCUUUCAGCAGUUGGACACAACUCAAAAGUUGCCUCGUGAAAUUGACCGGCUCAAACUACAAGUGGUCAAUGAACACCGGCUGAGGAGAAAGUCAGAGGACAAGAUUGGUGUGGCACUCGUGAAGAAGGACAUGGCUCCACAAGUUGCGCAUCAAAUGAGCGUCCAAGAGUUUGAAAAAGAGCUUGAGGACGUGAAGUUUAAAAUGCUCAAGAGAACAAAGCAGAUCAUCUAUGCCCACAAGACCCAACUUGACCAUCAAGCCAAAGCAAAGCAGGACAUGGAGGAUGAACUGAGGAAAGUGAGAGAAGAGAACACAUCUCUGCUAAAGGGGUCAGAGGAUCUAAAGGCACAGAUCCAGGCAAGGAAUCUGAAAUUAGAGAGUUUGACAAGCCAGGUUGCUGAACUCAAAAACAUGACUGAGAAACAGAAAGCAACUUCUCUGCAGCAACAACAAGAAUGGCUUUUGGAAAGACAAUUUCUCUGCCUUCAAACAGAGGAAGCUCGGUCUCAACUACUAAAGACUGAGGCAGAAAGCACAAUGCUGAUUAAGAAGAAUGCUCAAUUUGAAGUUUCUUUGGGAAACCUCAAAAAAGAACUGGAGGAGUUUUGUAAGAGAUGUAGCGAACUGGAUGGGCGACUGCAAGAAGAGGCUCAAGACAAGAUUCUGAUGCGUCUGGAAAUCCAGGAUAGAGAAACAGCGAUGGACGUCAUGAGAGACGUGAUCAUCAAGUCCAGGGACCGAAAGAUCAAGCUGAACCUGCAGGUACAGGAGGUUCAGGGCCAACUCCAAAGAAAAGAAGACGCCAAUCAAUGCCUGAACGAGUCACUGAAGGAGUUGAAGCAAGCGCUGGAGCGAGAGAAGCAAGACAAGGCCGCCGUUUUGAGACAGUGUGAAGAUCUCAAAGAGGGACAGAGCACCGUACAGCAAGAGUGUUCUCUGCUGGAGGUAAAAGUCUGUGCUUUGUCCCAAAAGCUAAAGGAAACAGAAGAGGACUGCUUUCUGUUGGAGGCUAAAUCUAGUGCUUUGACUCAAAAACUGCUGAAUACAGAAGAGGACUGCUCUCUGUUGGAAGCUAAGUCUAGUGCUUUGACUCAAAAGUUGAAGGAAACAGAAGAGGACUGCUCUCUGUUGGAGGCUAAGUCUUGUGCUUUGACUCAAAAGUUGAAGGAAACAGAAGAGGACUGCUCUGUGUUGGAGGCUAAGUCCAGUGCUAUUACCUGGAAACUAAUGAAGACAGAAGAAGAGCGCUCCCUGAUGGAGGAGAAGUGGUUGGCCACAGAGCUCAAGUUGGAGAAGAACCGUCAGAAGUGGUACAGGAAACUCAUGUGCUGCUAA